AGUGGCAAGUGCUUAUCAUUAAAUGCCCACUCUGAGCAUUAAAUGUCAAGUGCUUACAUACACAUGUAUUCCGUUCAGUUUGAAUAUUCCGGCAUCUUCUUUUGACAAAAUUCUAACCAAAUUAAACUAUGGAAUGAUGAAGAUACACCGGCUGCUGAUGAACAAGUGCUCCUGCUACGGCCAUGUGCUGCAGCGAUCGAAGCGGGUACCCAGGCGGAGUGCCAUCUGCUCGAGUCACAACCUGACUGCCCUCAUCCAGGUGCGCCAUGGCUUCCAGAGUCCGCGGCAAAUUGUGCCGCAGGAUGAAGCUAAGUCCACGCACCAGGCUGAGGACAAGAAACUGGACAUUGAGGUGGAUUUUUUCGUGGCCAAAGACGAGCCCCAGCAGAUGUCCCUGCACUCAAUGAUAUACUUUUACAGUCCACUGAGUCGCCUGAUCACCAAGCUGGCCCUGCUCCGGCUGAAGUUGCUGUGGGAUUGGGAGUUCUCCGAGAGUCACUUCAUGGAGAAUUCGCGCCAGGCGGCCGCAGUUUUCACCGACUUCGUGAGACGCCGCCGGAACCGGAAUGUGGAGCGAUGCAGUACGCCCAUGGGCUUCAAGCAGAUAAAGCACGAUCUGCUGGACGAUCCGCCCGACUGGAGGCUCGCUCUGAUGCGCUUCGAGAAAGUCCACUUCCGGAGAGCCAUUCCGCUGAAGGUGCAGUUGCUGCGCCAUUACGAUCAUAGGUUCGCCUUCCUGGAUGUGGUAUUUGUGGCUCUGCGGCGGUCCAACGAUUUUCGGUCGCCGGCCGAACUCCGUGAGAUGGCGGAGCUGUUGGAGCAGUAUGUGGAUCCGUCGCAAUUGCGCGUGCCGCACCCACUGAUCUUCGCCGAGAUCUUUAUGCGCUUCCGGCGCGACUAUUCCGUGGAGCCCACGAAAAUGGGCAACGUGCGGACCAACAACCGAUGCAUGGGCCAGUGGCUGAUCUCCACCUACAAGGUGGUCCGCUUCGACAUCCUCAACGACCACCCAUUGUUCGACAUUCCCCAGUUCGAGGAGUGGAUGCCACCGGUUAUGCCCAGGAUGGGCCGCAACGUUGAAUAAAAUCCUAUUCGCAUUA